GAAACAGCAGAGGGGAAAACACACACGUACACACACACACACACAGCAGGCUGACUGGCCGUGGAGCACUUCCACACACACUCACUCACACAGACGGAGUGGUCUUCUGAUGCAGACUUACACACACACUCAGACUCACACACGCAGAGGAGCUCAUUAGCAUUUCUUGGAGUAAACGCAUUUCCGUCAUCAGGACUUGUUUAUUUUAAUCCCGGGAUCAAAUCGCGUCAUUACGAACCGCGCGCGCAUUCCACAGCAGGAUUUGCGCAUCUCCGAGCGCAGAUUGCUUUUUUUUCCUUUCCUGCCAUCCACGAGAGCGAUGUUUUAAUUUUCCUGCCCGCGAGACGAGCUUUCAGAGUCAUGCACGAGCGGCUAGUGGCGGAGCGAUUCGUCUGAAGGUUCAUAAAAAAAUGGAACAACAACAGAUCUCCAAACCGGAAUGCAGAAACAUGGACGCGUGUCUGAGGCGACUGAAGCAGGAGCUGGUAUGUUUUAUUCUUUUAUCCACUUCAACCAUUGUAUUUUUUUAAUUUUAUCAAUCAUUUUAAACAUGCAGAUUAGUAAAUGUGCAAACAGGUUUUAAUCUGUGUCAUAAUUGAAUCUAAAAUCUUCAAACUAACAACAGAUAUUCAGUGUGUGUCCUCACAGACCUCUCUCAUAUUCUCGUUUCCAGCUUCAGUGGGGGGCUGCAUGUGUAUUCUGAAAAUCGCAUUAAUGUGUGUAGGCUUAAAUCUCUGUGCACACCACCAGCAGCAGCAUGUGUACAUCUCCCCCUGUGUCCCACACAUCUGGGGCAGAUAUUUGAAAGCUUUAUGGGCUAAAGACAGUUUUACUUCAUCUUCUUAAGAGAUCUGCACUUAAUUGGAUGGUUUUUGAGAGAAGAGCUGAUAUCUGAGGUUGUAAAGUGAAAUAGUAGAUGCAGCUGAUUGAUCUGUGAUUUACAUUUAGAGAGUUUUCAGAGCUUUAAAUGUGCAGAAAUUCUGCUUUUCUGUGUUAAAUAUUGUGCAAUGAAUAGCUUUUGCUUAAAUUUUGGAUGCCUCCUUUCUCAAAAACAUUAAAUUCUUAUGUGAGAAUAAGCAUCGGAUGAAUCAAUCAGGGUAAUAACCAAUAGUUGCAUCUCUUUUAUUUCCUGCUGUAAGGUUUUGCUGUCACAGAGGUGAUAGUAAAAUUGUUUUAAAUGCUUCAAAUGUGCAAAAAUUCUGCUUUUCUGUGUUAAAUAUUGUGCAAAAAAACGCUUUUACUUAAAUUUUGGAUGCCUCCUCUUUAGGAAACAUGAAAUUCUACACUCUGAUGAUUGAACUAUGAGAAUAAGCAUCAGAUUGAUCAAUCAGGGUGAUAACCAAUAGUUGCAUCUCUGUAUUUAUAUCAUAGAGGCAGGAAUGAAAUUGUUUAAAAUGCCUUAAAUGUGCAGAAAUUCUGCUUUUCUGUGUUAAACAUUGUGCAAAAAACAGCUUUUGCUUACAUUUUGGAUGCCUCCUAGCUCAAAAACAUGAAAUUCUACACUCUGGUGAUUGAAAUGUGGGAAUAAGCAUCAGAUUAAUCAAUCAGGGUAAUAACCAAUAGUUGCAUCUCUGUUAUUUCCUGCUGUGAGGUUUCGCCAUCACAGAGGCGGGAGUGAAAUUGGCAGUCACACUGAGUUUCAUCACAUCAUUACGUCCUGGAUUCAUCUGUCUCUCUUUUUUCAUGUGUUUACGUCUCCUCUCCUUCUACAAACACAUUUGUUUGAUGGUGGCAGCGUCGGAGAGCUAUCUCUUACCCUCGUCUUUGAAAUGUGAAAAAACAAAAGCUGUACCCUCAGACCUGAAUCAUUUGGCAGUCACACGCUGCGCACCCAUUUUCAAAGGAGCCUUAACUGGCACAGAUUUCAUUUGGAAUCAUCUUCAAAGCAGACACAGUUUGUCUUUUCUAUCACGGCACCGGUCCACAGAAAAGUCUCACGUGUCUUGCAGUGGUUGACCUGCUCUUUGGCUUCUCCAUUCGCCUCUCAAAAACACAGCCACACGUCUGUGAAGUGGCACUUGAGAUUUUCAGGAGGUUGGUGGCUUUGGAUGCCAGGAGGACAUGUUGUGUUAAAGCUGCCGUGGCGCUGUUUGGUAAUAUAAUAGAAAAAAGUGUUGUGCCAUGCAGGGGGGAUCAAACCGGAGAAACAGGGAGCAGAUGCCGGUUAAAAAGCCAAGGCAGUCUCCCCCCGCACACGACCAUGUGGGAUGCAAUCUGUUGUUCGGCGUACGAGAGGCGUGAAUGCCAAGGUUGUCACUUUUCUUUGCACUGUGACGGAUUUUCAUCUAGUGCUCACUGGAUAGUGUUAAAGCUGCUCCAUCUGCAGCGCUGAGAUCACAGACAUCUAAUAACCGAUUUACAGCUGAGAGGACGAGAGGAGCAGUUCUGCAGACUCACUUGUGGCUUCAGUUUGAAACCAACAUGCCAACUGCUUUGCAUGUUUUAGCCUAUUAACAACAAAUCAAACACACCUUUGAUUACUUAUUAGCAUUUGGCAAAGUCAGACAUUUUAGUGUUUGAUUUUUUUAUCCAUCCAUCUUCAUCUUAUCAAAGUCAGUCAGCAAUCUGUUGAGAUUUACUUCAACUGUGUCAUAAAUCACAAUAAACAUCAAGUAUCAACAAAUUAAUUAAGUCAAGGUUACCAUCAUAAAACAGCAUUGCCGCAUAAUUACAGAUUAAUUAGAUCCACUACAUUACCCACGUCACAUAAAUGUAUAAACAGUGGUAAUUAAUACAGAUGAUAAACAGUGUAACGAUUAAACAGCAGAGGACAGUUUGCUGAUAUGUGACUUGGCUCUGUCUGGUGUCAUUUUUAGUUCUUGCCGAUCCUAUAAUUCUGCUACUUUUCAAGGUUGGUUUUACUGUUAAUUACUGUAGAUUAGGAGAUUAGGGAAUCGCCAGGUGACCCAUGAUCUGAUCUGAAACAAAACUAUAUGUUACGAUACAAAAUGAUGUUACAAAACAAACAAUGUUAUGUUGCGAUACAUUGUGUUGCAAUACAUUGUGUUGCGAUACAUUGUGUUGCGAUACAUUGUGUUGCGAUACAUUAUGUUGCAAUAAGUUACGUCACGAUGUUAUGUCACGAUAUGUUAUGUCACGAUAUGUUAUGUCACAAUAUGUCGCGAUCAAUAUGUCAUGAUACAUUACAUCACGAUACGUCACUAUACCUUACGUCAUGAUACCUUACGUCAUGCUACGUUAUGUCACGAUCAAUAUGUCACGAUACAUUACGUCACGAUACGUAACCUCACGAUACCUUACGUCGUGAUACAUUACGUCGCCAUACGUUACGUCACCAUACAAUAUGAUACAUAGAUGUUACCUGUGAACAUUGGCCGACUUAAACAUAAACAAUCAUCUGUACGGAUGUUAAAAAUGAUCAUUAAUGUGCGUCACGGGCCCUGUGAUGAUUACUUCUAAUUCAAAACUAACUCAACGUUUUCCUUAGAAUUACUACAAUGUGCAUGCACUGCAGGUGUUGACACUAAACACUUAAGUAAUCCUGUCAGUUUAGCAGUCCACAUGUAUACCCCUAAUGUUAAUGAGCAAUGGGACGGAACUGUCCCAAAUUACAUCUCACUCACUGGAGCAUUUCCUUGGUAUCCGUGACGAUAGCUGUCAGGCGACUCGCAUGUUUACAUUCUACAGUCAUAUUACAUCAUAUCAUUUCAUACUUAGCCAUACUGUAACCUAUUUUACUGCAUCUGUUGGGUCGUAUCACAUCUGAUGAACUAAAACAUGCUGUACUUUAUCCCACAAAUUAUAUAUCAUGCAUAUCAUAUGGUUUUGUAUGUUUCGUAACAGAUCAUGUUAUAUUACAUCCAAUCAUAUAGUAUCAUACUGAAUCGUAUCAUAUUAUACUGCAUAAUAUUGUAUGAAUUGUACCAUAUGUUAUCAUAUCCUCUGGUAUCCUAUCAUAUUAUAUCAUAGAAACAGAUGACAAAUGAAAUCCCAAAAUCAAUAUGUUCAGCAAUUUUCUCAGCUAAGUUUCAUCCUUUAAAAGAAGUCGAAUUCUGCAAAAACUAAAACAGACUCUUCUAAAUAAUCCUCCUGUUUUGGUUGCGAUGCCUGUAGCAUUAUUGGAAAAAGAGCGUGACAUUCACUGCCAAAGAGCAGAGAGUAAAAUGACUUGAUUUACAACGUGAACUCAGUGCUCCUCUGUAGACCCCCUGAAACUGAAUGCUCUGUAAGCUCUAAAAGCAGACAAGAGUCGUACAGAAGUGUGAACACUGUCAGGAGUCAGAGGGGGUCAGUCUGUGUGGGGUAGUGUUAGGUCACGCUCAAACCGUUGACCCUUCACCUGAUGAGGUCUGGGGCUAUUUCUCCUAACUGCUGACCACUUCCAACACACAAACGACGCUACAACUCAAACCUGAGACGGCAGUUUGGUUUCAGGUUAGGAAUGCAUUGUCACUUUUCGCUUGUGUUGCUGCAAAGACGCUUUAAAGUGUCCUUUAUAAAAGCUGUGCAGGGCAGCAAAGAAAGAGCUCCAUAUUUUGAAGUUCAGCCAUGAUUCAUUACUCAAACAAAGAGUCAUGAUAAAGACAUGGUAAGCUCUCACUUCUUACUUAAGGCCGGAGAUUCAAAAGGUGAUGUGCCAUUGAGUCAUGGUGUCUAAAUGCUGGGCUCACAGCUGCUUAACACCACCUCUCAGAUACAAGAGCAUAAAUCAAACCCCUAGUUUAUUUUAUAUGCACCACGCGCUUUUAUCCUCUUCGCACCUGAGGCAUGUUUCAAACAUGACUCUCCUCUUGGAAUUCAACGCCAAAGCCUGAAAACAUCUGAUCAGUAAAUCUGAGCACAAGUGCCGAAUCCAAACAAAGCUUUCAUGCUUUUUGAGUCGCAUGUUCUUUGGUACCUUCAGGGUGUGGAAUCAGAAAGCUGUAUAGUGGUUAAACUGGGAGCCCUGUAUGUUUUGUGCCUCCCUCACGGCUGCUAUUCUCUAACCGGCCCUUCCUUCCCUUCGACUAAAUUUGGCCCUGCUCUUGAUGGCAGCUGUGGGGUUUUGCAUGGGUGAUCAUUGUGUUGGAGAUGAAGCCAGUAACCUUUUACAAAGCCUGUUUAUCAUUACGGGGAGCGCAUGGACAGUAACCUGCUUUAUUGUGGUUUAUUGUAUGGAAAUCACUGCUGAAAUAGAAAAGAUUUAUUGUUUCAGAGGACAGUAGAGUCAGUUAAUUAAACCACAGAUGCUGUAAGCACACAUAUGACUCUCCUACUCUGAGGCCUCUGUGCAGUUUUCCUCUUCUGGACAAACAUCUUUAUUCCUCAUGGGUAUUGCCACUAUUGAGGUUUAGCUCAAUACUUUGCUUGUUGUUGUGCCUUCAAACGGGGAUCUCAUGCUAAAAGCUAUUGGAUUUCUGGAUUGUCCUGCUACUAAAAUGGAAGUUGUGUUGUGUAAUGCAUUAGUGCGGGAAUAAUUGAUUUGUUGGGCACCUGGGGGCAGUGGCACCGAGUGUAAACAGAAGCAGUCACGAAUUAUCACCCUAUAAAGCCUGUUGUGCAGAAAGCUUUUCCAUGCAGAUGCAAUUAACACAUUCAUCAGAUACAAAACACUGUGAGCUGUACAUUUUUGGGGAGCCCAAAAAUUUUGUCCAAUAUAUCUCUAUCAGCUACUAGGGCUGCACAGUUUUGGCCAAAAAUAAAAUCCUAUUUUUUUUCAGUUAACCGCUGAAAUUGAUGUAAUGCAUAUGCCAAGCUAGUCAGUGGCGCUGUAACGCUGCACAGAACAUGCACAAAACACAGAAGAAGAGUACAGAGCAUGUGUAUUAAGGUUGUUUUGGCCGGACAUACACAGCAGCCAUAAAAGAGUUACACUGUGUGUCACGUAAUUGUUUCGAGAGAUGCAGAUAGACAUCCACACGGAGAUAAAAUGGUAGUCUUUUACACAUUUAUGCACUCUCUGACCCAUUUUCAAAAAGUACCAUUUACAGUCACCUGAAACGCCGAUGCAACAAAAAACCUUUGCGUUUACUCCUGAAUUAAUUUCCGUGGUGACGGGUUGAUACCGCCUUCAGACAGUGGUUUGCUCUUCAUCUGAAACUGUGAAGCCUUACUAAUUCCACACGACUGACUCGCUCUUGUCCUAUUCAGCCACGAAAUUAUCGCCUUCUUUUGCAAACGCCAUGUUUGUUUACACUGGUGUGUGGAAACUGGGGAGCGCUCCUGCAGGAAGGGGGAACCAACUGUUGCCUGGAGGUGCGAGACAUGAUAGAGAGGAAAAUCAAUUUGAUAAAUUUAAUUCUUUUAACAUCGUCAUAAUCAAAUAAUCCGAUUACGGUUUAAAAUCGAUUAAUCAUGUAGCCCUAUCGGCUACUGAAAGACAUUUUUUAUUUCUAAUUGCUAAAUGUUUAACUUGCUAACAUAAACUCACUGACUGGUACAGCUGAAUACAAUUAAAUGAAGCAUCAUGGUCUGCAAAACCAAUUCAGUUCACUCAAAGUCACCAAAAUGCUCGAUAUGAAACCAAAGAUUACAAAGAGAGCUGUCUUAGAGUCAAUUAAUUAUGAGCAGCCCUUGUAAAAUCUCAUAUUUUCCUACUAUUUGAUAAACAGUUAAUUGAAAACACUAAUAACAGCAGCCUUUAACUCCCAUUUUAAUUAUAUGUCAGUACCUGCGUGAAGCGCACAUUACCAAUUCCAAAACACUCUGUAUGCCACACUUGACAGCCACAUUAAGAAGGAAUGCACUGAAGCAUAUGAAGGCCCAUCUAUUUGUAAUAUAUCACUAAACUAAAUGAGUGGUCAGAUGCUCUUAACGCUGCACAAACAUGCCAUUCAUCAUGAAAUCCUACAACUGACAUCCAUUUUCAUCAGGAAAUGCUUCUCCUCUAUUUGAUAAGAGAUUAAAAGUGGAGGAGGAUCUCUAGCUCCUGCAAAAUUACCAUCUCAUUGACGACACCACUGCAGGCUGAAGAAUUGGACGUGCACUUUCACUGCCCACACACACCAAGUGCUGACGUCAACUGCUGCGUUAUCAAGCAUCUAGCAGUGAUUGCUUCAAGUGAAGGUUUUUUUUCUUUUAGUCAGGGAGACAGCAGAUUGGCUCCAAGACUCUCUCCAAAUUACGAUCUGCCAAAGAUGAUGACAUGGAUCCUCAUCAUCCUGUGCCCCCAUAGCAGCUUUGUUUUCAUGAUGGCACUGCAGGAAACAAGCUAUUAAACCAACUCCCUUCUCUGAAAAGGCCGUCAGGGACUUUGAAGGACGUCAGGGCAAAGAAACAUACAGUUCACCCAAUUCUCCGUCCUCAUUUACAGUACAUCCUCUAGUAGUUUGUAUUUUCUUUACCAAUCGAGUGAGAUAUCUGUCUCUGAGAUCUGAGAACAAAAGUGAAGUGAAUAUGACAUCCUUUGUAAAACUCAAAUCAUUGAAGGUUUUAAAAAUGCAUGAGCAUCCUCUCUUUCCAGAAACAGGGUUCCUGCUGAUCUGAGUAACCCACAAAACUCUUUCACAAACUAUUUUGUUGGCGUAAAGUACUUCCAAUGAGAGGUGUUCUCGGCAAGGUCUUUAUAUUAUUCAGAGAGUCCUUUCAAAAUUAAUGACUAAACACUUGGUGGUUUUUAAGAUGACCUACAUACUCAUUCUGUGAUGGGAAGCCCCUUUUGGCAGGAUGUCUCAUUGUUUGUCAGAUCUCCAAAUACUGUUACAAAUCACUGUGACUCUUAUGAUUUUUCAACCCACGAGGUUGGGUCAUAUUUAGGCUAUAAAACACACACACACAUACACUCACUCACACGCACACAACUCCCUUGGGUUUAGAAAUGAAACACAAGGAGUAAAAUUAAGGGCAAGAUCCAGCCAAUGGUUAAAAAAACUAUUUUACAAAAUUGAGCUUUUGAAUUCAUAAAAACAUAUGAUUUUGGGAUGUACAAUGUAAUCAACGCAAUAUCAAUAUUAGUAAACAAAAGCUCAAAACUUAAAUCACUAUAUCAACAUAUUUUGCUGGAUUGGAAAUGUUGGCUUUAGUUAAAAGGUACAAUGUGUAGACAGAAGUGGCAGCUAGUUAAACAGACUUGGUAGAAAUGGAGUUUCAUAUUUCUACGUGCCUUUUAUAAAUCCAAACAGUACCAUAGUCACAAGCAAGAUAAGAUAGGAAUCAUUUUUGUAUCAGGCUAUGAACCUGUUUAAUUCUGCUGCUAAAUACUGUAUUUUUCAGACUGGAAGACGCACUUAAAAUCCUUAAAUUUUCUCAAAAACUGACAGUGCGCCUUAUAAUCCAGCGUGCCUUAUGUAUGAUUACUUGUUGUGCUUACUGCCCCUGUUGCGCUAGCAACAAUAAACCAAUGAAUGCUUAAUACACCUUACCCGGAAUUUCCACCGCAUCCAUAACAGCUCCGAUCCGGAAUGGCGGCAAUUUUCGCCGUCUGCAAAUUUCUUCCGGAUCCGUUUGUGAGGCGAAUUUCGUGGCAGAUUACGGACAUCAUGAACUGCAAGAACUAACAAGAACCCGCGGAUUCAUGUGCAAUCACGUGAUAACAAGUUGUCUUUAGCCACAUAGGCUAACCAUAUAAGUAGUAGAUUGUGUCCUUCCAGAGGAGGAAAUCUACUUCUAGACUUCUAGAAUCAGCAUCUCCUCAUCCAUGGUGUCAUCGGGAUGAAACGCUGUCUUUCACUUCUUCAUCCCCACCCGUUUGCAUGGUGUGAAAUACCAUCCGCCUGAAACACGGAGACUUCCUUUCCAGCACGGGUUAAUCUGUGCUGAAUUUAUUCGGCAUGCUCUGGCAUCUGGAAAAAAAAGAGAGCUCUUGCCAUCAGCUGCGUUGUCCGGCGAUCCAGAGUGGAACAGAAAGAAGCCAGUGUAAAUUGACACUAUUGGUGGAUACAGCCCUUUCCGGCGCGCCUUAUUGCCUGCAAAAUACUGUAGUCAUUUUAAUAUCAGCCUUGGUGCAGUUUUCUUUGGCUUUCGGAGUCAGUCUUAAGUGGACACCACUCUUAUACUGGCUUCAUCUUUAAAGCCAAAGGUUGCAGCUUGGUAUAAAAAUAUUGGCCAAGGUUUGGUUUUGGCAUUGGGUGAGAAAAUAUUUGUAAUUGAAGGAAUCCAGUCCCUCAGAUUCCUUACGUGUAGAGUCAUAUGAUAUAAAUAACAGCUUGUAAGCACAUUGAAGAUUAGAAGAAAACUGGGGGUCAAAAAGAGAUGUCCGAGGUCAAUGGCCAAUUUGUCAUGACAUUGUAGAGAAGGGAUUCAUAACCCACACUCUUUGUGGGACAUUUUCACACUUCUUCCACUCCUGAACUUGACCCUUGAAGGCUUUCACACCAGACAGAGUCACUUUAUAACCCUCUUGGUCAAAGAGGUAUUCAUAGCCUCAUGCACAGUAAAUUAUUUCUUUCAGUGAUUUCUCCACAGCUUUAUUGCCCUCUUGGUUUUGACCUCAGGCCUGACCAUAGCCCUCUGUGGCGUGUCCAGCAGUUCACUUACAGAGGCCCUCUCUAUAUCCCCCAGGACAGAGCCCCUAUUCCUGUCCUUGACCCACACAGCCCACCAUUCAUUUUUAAUUAGGGGUGGAGGUGGAGGGAGGGUGGAGUACACAAACUGCUUCUGGCCUGCUCCUUCUAAACAGGAAGAACUUUUGGGCCUGAUAACCUUGGCCUCACUGUUUCCUCCUCCCCUGCAGCCAAUAACGAAUAAACAACAACAGUGAAAAAGGCCGUAUUUCAGAGCCAAACAGGGCGCCGGUUUGUUUUCAGUUUCUCUUUUGUGUUUUUAUUUCUCACCUAAUAAUGCACUGAAUGUAUGUCAGUGAGCACAACAUGCAGGCGCAAGCACACGCUGUAAAUAAGACACUGACUUCAUUCAAGCGAGGCAUGUCUGGACAUGUGUGAGUGCAGCAGUGUGUUUGUGCGGUGAUUUAUUUUCCCUCCACAACUAACUGAAGGAGGUAAUAUCAAGGCUGCCACGGAGGUAGGGAGGCUCUCUGAUUUAUUUACACUUGGUGGUAUUUAAUUCACCGGCCCUCAUACUGAAUGGUGUCUUAAUGCUUUGUCGCUGUAGACGGGUUUUGAGGUGAGAAUCGCCAAUCAAUCGCUUGGCACUUUUUUAAUAAGCUUCUAUUCAACAUUAAUUCAAGAGUGCCAGCCAUUGUUCUUAAACUUUGAAGCAUUCAGUCUUUAAUUGGCAAUUAUGUCUGGCUGGCUGGCAUUACUGCAGCCACAGAAGCAGAAGAAGAAGAAGAGGGGGGAUGAAAAGGGGGAGAAUCUGGACAGUCCCUGUUUGUCUUUCUUUCUUUCUUUCAUUCAUUCAGCAGAUUUUCACUUGGCUAGCUUCUUUAAAGUGAUCUUUUUUUAGAAAUGCACGCCUGAUGGAUUAAAUAGAUGAAAUAGUCUUGGGGGCUUUAAAUCAAAAAGAAGAUUUAACUAAACUUCACAAGACUGGGUUAAUGAUGCCAGUGUUUCUGGGCAGUACUGCAAUUCCCCGCAGCCCCAAUUUCAUCCCAGUUCUUUUGUUAAAUUAGAUUUGAUGGAUUUUUCUUUUACUUCUUCGUCGCUUUUUUAUUUUAGGGCGAAGACCUGGAGGUUCUUGGGUGGGUUGUGUCAGGUCAGCGUCCUAUGUGACUUUGCUCUAAUAGGCCCAGAGCUGAUUCACACAUUGUUAAAGUCUGACAUUGUAGGAUGAAUAAUAUCUGUGUUUGAAGUAGAAAAUGCUGCAGGUUAUUACUGGGAAGUCACUUUGAGCAUCCUGAAUGAAGGCUGAAAAGGCUGACGUAUUUGGGCCACUAAGUUGAGCUUGGAGUGGCAGUGGUGUAGUGCCUGGAGUUAGCUGGCAUGGUAAAGGUGGAAUAAUGGGGUUGAGUUUACUUCUGUUCCUCUGUUUGUUCCCCAGGGCACAAUAUGAAUUAUUUAUGUAUCCCUAGAAUAGAAAUACCAGUAAACAACACAGUGUGUUUAAAUAAGCAGUGGGGAGGACUGUAUAUUUUGGGGAUAAUGGAAAAGUUGCAUGUGAGUGUUGAAUUAGGGUGUUGUUGGUGAGCAUGUGCAAACAGGUGUGGCUCUUUCAGACGGCAUGAGAAUAGUCUGCUUUGGAGAUAAUAUUUCAAAAACAGAUUUGAUGCAUGUGAGUGGUCCAGGUUUGAGAGGAAACUCAGAGUGUGGUAAUCCCACAGCUGAUCCCUGCAUAAACUUACCAAAGCCACAUGUCUGCCUGUGAAGACGUAACAACAAUACCGAGAUCGGCACGUCAUCUCGCCUCCAAACUCGCUGACCUUUGAUGUGGAGGAAAGUAAACCGUAAUUAUGCGCUCUUUCCCAGCCGCUCACGGGACACGGGGGAAUUACCGCUAAUGAAGUCAGCCAUAUGCGAUAGGCACAAAAGACAAGAGACAACCUGAUUGUGCUAAUUACUCGUACCUUCACUGACUAAUUUAGCGAGCCAACGGGAGGCUCUGAGGCUUUUGUUCCCAGCAUGUGCAUUGAUAGGCUUAUUAUCUGAUCUCGAAGGAUAAUCACGCCUCUGUGCACCUACUCGGCCAUAUGCUGGAGACGAGCAAAGAGAAGCCUAGGGGUUAAAUGUUAAUGGUGCAGAGUAUUGGUUAAGUGUCAAGGUACAGACCUUGUGAAAUGGUCUGUGCUUAUACAGUACAAUCCUCAACUGACUGAUCAGUAAACAGAAAAUGAAGGAAUGACACUUCUAAAGAUCAAUUAACUAAUUCAUUGAAGAGGAAAUGCUUAACAUUUGCUGAUAGCAGUGUCCCAAAUUCAGAUAACUCCAGUUGUCUCUGUUUGAAUGGAGUUUAAAUGGUUUAAGACGAUCAGAUAAACAGACUAUUUGCAGACAUUAGCAUUGAUUCCAAUAAGUCAUACUGGGAAUUUUUAUUUUCCUUACAGGUACAGUGUAAGGUGUUUAGCAGCAUUUCGCAGAACAGACUUGCUAUUUAUAAGUAUAUUUAAUUUAGUGUAUAGUUACCUGGAUUGGAGCUCAAGAUAUAACAUCCUCACCUCUCUGUAGAUCUAAAAUAGUUGGACAGUGUAAAUACUAAAUUUUGCCAAUCCCCCCUGAGGAGCAUACAACUGCCUUACUUUAUGAACCAAUUACUUGCAAUACAAAUAAGAUUGCAAUUAGUUAAUUAAAUACAACAUUUAGGACUUCUAUGACAAACGGAGGCUCUUACUUAUGCAUCACAGCGGCAAUAUAUAUAUGUUUUUCUGUGCAGGAGGUCUUGUACCUUGUCCUGAAGGCAGGUAGUAGGAUGGUUGUGAUCAUCUAAAAUUUUCCAUCUUGGCACCAGGAGCACCAAAGUGAAACUGAUCCUCUUUGGACCAUAAUUGUCUAUAAAAAAAUAUGAUGGUAAGGUUUCAAUCUCCAGGCAAAGACUAUCGAUCGUGGAUUUGGUUUGGUUCAUUCAUACAUUCAGACUGAAGAGAUAAAAGUUUUCUAAAGAUGCAUAUUUCAUCUUCAAAAAUCAACAUAAAGUAGCUCUGAAAAUUCAUCUUUCUCACAUCUUUGUAUCUCUAAAUCAAACUGUAGCAUAACAGCAUCUGUUUGUUUUCCCAGUAAACCCACAUUUUGCGUUAUUUCCGCCUCUCACGGUGCUUAAAGGUUGUUUUGUUUAUGACGCUGUCAGUUGCCCUCCACAGCUUCUUUUCCCACCGCACAAUCACAGCUCCCUCAAGAUGAAGAAUCACAGCCUGAUGUAAUUUAUCUCUCUAACUACCCCUCCCCCCACUUCUCCUCCCCUCUAUUACCACCCUCAUGUGUACUGAUGGUGUCAUCUAUAAUUAAAUCCAUCAACAGUUUUCUCUUGGACAUCUAAACAUAUGGUGAAGAAUCCCUCCCCUGAUCACCCGGCUGACUCUCAUCACCCCUCUCACUUGCUGUCCCCCCUUCUCCCUCCUCUCAUUGUCAGUCUGUUUCCGCCUGAGUUACCCCACUCUGCUCCCCCUGUGGAUUGGGGGUUAUAGUCUAGACGGCAAGCUCUGAUUGGCUUUCACACCCAGCGGUGUACCCCCAUUGGGGGAUAUACAUAUAGGGGCUGUCAGACUGAACCGUUUGAAAGGUGAGAGACAGUGACGGGCUGGUGGAGGUGCAGGAUAGCAGGAUAAAAACAACAGGGAGACAGACGGGGAUAUUUGACCUCUUGCUUUGUGACAGUUGUGGAAGGUAAGGUGCAGGUUAUGAUUUCUUAGACACAUGACACAGUUUUGAGGAACGAGCUAUGAUUUCCUGCAAACCCUUUUUCCAGGGAUAUUUCAUCUGCAGAUACCUGACUGUUUUUAUGAUAGUUGCCUGCUUCCUUGCGCAGUAAUCCAUCAUUUUCAGCUGACAGGUAACUGUCUUGUUGCUGUUUCCCUGGCAAAUCUAGAUUUUCUGCUUGUUAAUAAAUGAUAUGUGCUGGAGGUGCGCUUUCGGAUAUUCUAGCCAACUUUGCCACACAUACCGGCACGUUUCUUGAAAUUCCUUGCGUGCUUCUUCUUGUCUUCCAACCGACUUUUUUUUCUUUUCAAAAGAAAGGAGGUUUAGUCAUCAAUCAGAGUCUACCUUUACCUUUGUGAGCGUGUUCCUAGACAAACCUAAGCCUGUAGUUUAAUACAGAGGAUGAUUCAAAGUCUGGGUCAAGGUGUGAAAUGAUUCAGGUCUACAUGUUAAGACACGGGUCAUGAUACCGCCGCUGGGCUUCCUGUCUGGCUUUAGGAGAAGACGUAAGUCCAGAUCACAUGGCACAGGCUCUUAAAAAGAUGAGCGCAGAAAGAGAGAGGAGGAGAAGGGGGAAGAUAAAAGCCGGGUGUGUGAUUACCACGGCACACAGAGAGAAGUGAGAGUGAAGACAAAGUGCGCGAUGAAGAAGAUUCUGGCUGCGUGGAGGGUAAAGAAAAAAUGAGAUAGAAAGAGCAAAAGACUGAGAUAAAACAGGAGAGUGCGACUACUUUACAGCUGUCAUUUGUUGGAUCCGAUCUCAUACGCAAACCAUAUGGGGCUCUGGCUUGUCAUCCAAAACUGGGUCACAUGACCCAUAAUUAAACAAGGUGCUAGAGAGCAGCUUGGAGCAGACAAGAGAGGAGACUAACUGACACAGAGACAAAAAGCAGGAAUGCUAACGGGUUUUCUAUUGUAUGUUAUGUCUUAGAUAACAGGUGAAGAGGUUUUUGUGGAUUUGAGGUCACUAACAAUCCAAAAAGAGCCAAACGGAGUAAAGAAAUCUGUCUGAAAUGGAUCCAUAAUCAUCUCGUCUGUCUUCUCUUUUUCCUGACAGGUUUCUAUGAAAGAAGCCGGCGAUGGCCUCCACGCUCAGAUGAAUUCGAUGAUGGGAGCCCUCCAGGAACUCAAGCUCCUUCAAGUCCAGACAGCGCUAGACAACCUUGACAUUUCCGGUCGACCCAUCAACAGAGGAAUCCCACAUCCUGCUCCGCAAGCUCCUCCUGAAGCAUCAGCUCAAGUAAUCUUAGGCAAGGACAGCAGUUCCUUCUUUGGCCAAACCAUGCCGGAAGUACCCAGCCCGAGUCCCAGGCAAAGUCCAAGACCUUCACUGGAGAGCAGGAAUACAUUCAGCAGGGAUGACAGGACCUUUUCUCAAAACAGAAGCAGCAUGGGUACCUCAUCCUCCUCGGCAUCCAGUCUUGAGAGUGAGAGCGAGACAAGUGAAAGAAGCGGUAGAAGUGAGAACAACCUUGAGUCUAUACCCAAAAGAUGGUCAGGGUACAUGGCCCCACAGGUGGAUUUUUAUGGACCAAUGGUUGGGAACCCUCCCCCAGAGCCCUACCCUCAUCCAAAGGCCCCCAGUCAGGCUCAGGCGGUGGACCUUCCUGGUAUCCUCUACAGCCUCUCCAGAGAGGGCCCUUCAUUGGACAGCGACUACUCUCAAGAAAGCACAGACGACGCGAGUGACUGGACUUCUACUCUGAUGAGCCGCAGUCGCAACCGUCAGCCCUUAGUGCUGGGCGACAAUGUCUUUGCUGACCUCGUGGGCAACUGGCUUGAUUUGCCCGAAGUGGAGAGGGAAGACAUGGAGGAGGAGGACAGGAGGAAAAGGAGAGAUGAUAGGACAAUGGAUGUAGGGGCAGACCGACCGGACACUCCAGCUCACCCUCUACGAAACAGUCGCUCACAGGAGAUUUGCAGGAAGUUCUCCUUAACCACAAAUAUAUUCAAAAAGUUCCUGCGAAGCGUCAGGCCUGACAGGGACAAGCUGUUGAAAGAAAGGCCUGGCUGGAUGGCUCCUGAGAUGUCUGAAGGGGAUCUUGCCAAGAGGCCAAAGAAACUGGUUCCAAAGAGUUCAAAAGGCAGCUUCUACUUGCCGUUCUGGGCAAACGGACAGCAAGGCAAAGGCAAGAUGUGUCCACAUCUAGCGGAAGCAGAGAGGAACCACCACCACCACUUCCCCCAGGUUCACCAACAGCCAUUUGCUGGGAUUUAUCUAGACAGGAGACAGCCAGAGACUGGUCUGGAGAAAAUGCAGCCCUUGUUUGAUUACAACACAGCUGUGUGGGUCUGACAGAGGGACCAACAGACUGCCAGUGAUACCAGGCUGAGUGAGUGACAGGUGCAGGGGGGAUUUUGGCUGUUGUGGAGGGGUGUAUGAAUGAACGACUGACCCGUAUGAGACUCUUGGACUCUUGUUAUCUUCCCAAAACAAACCAAUGAACUUCACACCCCGACAAAAUUAUCAGGGCAUCAUUUUGUCAGACAAUCCCAAAACCAAAACCUCGUUUGCUGUGUGUGUCUGAGACGGAGGCAUUUUUUGAGGACCUAUGCUUCCAGUUUUGUAUCAUUGAAAAUUCUUCCUAUGUGUGUGUGUCUGUAUGCAUGUAUGACUGCUUCUCUGGAUGUCUUUGAGACGGUACUUUGAAAUGUUUUCUCAGAAUGUCACCAUCACCACUAGAUCUUUAGGAGAACAACCCCAGACUAAAAUAAGACUCUUUCACUCCCAGGCAAACAGGACGUACACUUGUGUAUCUCACUUCUUCUUCUUUGCAUCUAUGAAUGGAAACACCAACUGUUGGAUUGCAUGGUUACUGCUUUUAUGAGUGAUCAGCUGUUACUGAACGCACUGCCACUGAACACAGCUAUAAGCUUCCUUUCGUUUCCUACAAGCUUUAACGCCGUGGAAACUCAGGUUUUUACUAAAUCCAUCAGUCUCAUUCACCUUGCUCAGGGAAUGAAUGUAUCACACGAGUAAACUAUGAGACACUUCCACUUUUCGAGGGGUUUCAGUCGAGUUGGAAGAAGUCUUGCCUCAUCUUAUAUUAGCAGCAAUACAGUGCAUGACUAGUUUAAAGAUUGCACAUUAAACUUUUAAGAUUUAUUCCUUGUUUUGCUAGCUGUGCUGUUGGAAAUUCUGAUAUUGCUUCCCGGCCAUGCAGACAUGGCACAUGUUGAUUCAACCGUCAGUCCUGGCUUGUUACGCAGAGAGAGGAGGGGGAAAGAUGGCACAGCCAAUGGUGACUGACUGACUGCCAUCUGGUACCCGGUCAUUAUGUAAAGCUUGGUCGUCACAGACUCGAAAAAGAUGCAAAAAUGGUUUGUUUAAUCCCCAAAGCUUCGUGGAUUAUGAUGAUGGUGUUACAUACUGUACAUAGACACACAGGUGAAUACAUGACAGGGCUGUGUGACAGAGACAUCAGACAGGAUUGAGCUUCAUGUACAGAACAUUGUACAUAUUUGUCAUCAGUGUAACAGGAGCAAUAACAAACAUUUCCUGUAAAAUCCCAUCGCAUGGUUUUCAUUAUUCUUCACAGAUGAAUAUGUCACAGUAAUAUUAAUGCAGUUCUUACCAAGACGAUGCUUCACUUGUAUUUAAACCACAAACUGACGAAUUAAUCUGCAACUCACAGUCUCUUCUCUCUUGUUUCAUAACGUACAACUUGUUUUUGUUUUUUUAUUUCAAGCAGCAUCAGAUAGUUUGAAAACAAACUAAAGCUUCCUUCAGAGUUUCACAUGAAUAUAAGAAUUCCCUCAGGAUUACGAACAAUACUGCCAGCUCUGAGUCAAAAUACUCGGAUUUUUAAGAGGACCACUGAUAUGCAAAGACAAUCUAACACACCAACUUCUUAUUGUUAACAAAGAACAGUUAAUUUCACUCAGUUUAAAAGAAAGGGAUCCCAGACCAAUCAACUCUCAGCCAGCAGGGAUUAGGCCUUCGGUCUUUUGAGUGUCUUGGCCAGUCGAUCCAUAUGGUGUUGUCUCAGUAUUCAGGUCAAUACAUACUACACAUUCAGAGGGUCCAACACACACAGACACAAAUACACACAAACACAAACACAAACACAAACACAGAGGUUUAACUGAGAUGCACAGUCUGAGAUGUCAUCACACAGUAUGUGUAUGUAUAUGUAAAGUUUAUUUCUUCCUAUUUACAGUUGUCUAAGUGUUAUUUUCAGCACUGUUGUUGAUAUUUUUCAUCGGGGUUCUGCGAACCUUCAGUAGUGAUUUUGUGUCAUGUGAACUGUAACACUGACUCUUUGUAAAUUAAAUCUGUUUUCAGAGAGAAACGUUUCUCUGUGUCUUCACUUAAACUCUGUCAGUCAUGUGAUAAAUCUGAGAAAUUUUUGUCAGAUGGGAAAUACAGAAUUAUCAUAUAAGAGACUCGAAAUUAUCGUAUUUUUGGUAAAGUUAUCCAUCAUAAUCAAAAUAACAAUCUUACUGUUGCAUAGGGUGACCAUACAUCCUCUUUUACCUGGACAUGUCCUCUUUUUUGGGGGCUGUCCCGCCUUUCCAGGGGACUUUUUAAAAUCCUUCAAAUGUCCAGGGUUUUGUAUGGAAGUUUUGAGUUUGUGUCACGUGGACUUAAUGAGUUUGAAGCGCGUAAAAAAACACUCAACCUGAUCCGAAAAACUCUCAAAAUCUACCACAAAUGACUCUGUGACUCUACCCCGCGUAGAAUUCAGAAUAUAGUCACCCCACUGUUGCAUGAUAGUCACAUAAAGUCACUCUGUUUAGUGUCCUACAGGCACUCAUGAUUUUGAGGCUACAGUUUACUGGUCAUUCGGCCCCACAUCAGUCGACUUCCUGACUGAGCAUGAAUGACAGCCAAUCAUGCUCGUUGUUCGGAGACAAACAUCACUCAAACUACAGUUGGAUGGGAACAUCACAUGGUAAAAAGAUGCCUUUAGGGUUUCGCAAAUAAAACACUGAAAAAUAAAAUGUCUGGCAGACCGUGACAGUCCCAUUGCACCGCAAGUUCACGAAACUAUCAAAUUAACGUACAUUGAGCCUUUUUCUGGGUUAUUGAUCGUACAGAGGGCAAAAUUAUCAUACUAAUAUGAUAAUUAUCGUAUAAUUAACCUGGCAACCCUGAUUUUUACUGUGUGGAACAGAAAAAUAUUUGUGUUAUGUUUGAUUAACCCUCUUAAUUAACUCACCGCAAGACCGAAUGUUCAAGAGAACUUAAAUUAGCGCUAAUAAAGAUUAAAGUGCUGGAUUUAUAUCAAUUUAUAAAACAGAAAUUAGAGCUUUUAUUUUGUUGACCCGAGUAUAAUGAGCACAUUUUCCUAAAAACGCAUGUUUAAAAAAAAAAAAAAAGAGGUUAAUGAAAGGACCUGAAGUAAAUGUCAAACAACCAAGAAAUAUGAUGUCAGAGUGUAAUGUUAGAAAUGUCAGACAUCCAAUGACGUUGUUUUGCUGUUAAUGUCGAGGAAAACUGUCUACUUAUAAUAAAAAAAAGAUUUGGUCCAAAAUAGAAGAAUUUGACUUGGAAAAAGGGGGUAAAUUUUACAUUUAAAACAAAGUUUCUCAUAUGUUUACAAUCCUGCAUCCAAAGAAAAGUAGUAAAAUAAAGAAAUCUCAGACUCCUGAACCAGCUUUAGCACUCUCGCUCUCUGCUCGGGCACUCUGAGCGAUUUGUUUCCUCUCUUCUGUAAAGUGCUGCUGCAUCACUAACAGGUUACUCACUGCCUGUGCCUCAGCUGUGCACUAAAUUGAUUCUAAAUCUGAACAACAACUCCAUCAGUGCCAUCAAUAAUUAAACAAAGAAACACAAACUCCGCAGUCCUGCAGUUCAUCAGAGGUUCUUCAUAACACUCGAUCCCUGAGAUGCUUUUUAUGAGACACACAUCCAACCACAUCAAUCAGCUCCGGUCUCUGUCCCCGAGCACUCAGAGCAGAGAAAGUAAGUAAUACCUCCUGUAGCUGUCCUGCCUCCGCUCUGAUAAAACCUGUAAUACACUGGAAAACCCUCUCUGAUUUCAUCCUGCAUUUAUCUCUUUUAGAGUUAUCACACCAGACCGAGACUGUUGAGUGUUUUUGUGCUACCUGUUAUAUCAUAGAACAUGACAUCAUUUUAUCCUGUGAUUGUUUGUCAGAAACAAAAAGGUCUUUCUGUUCGGUGUGAAGUCAUCGGAGGCACGCUCAGCCGCACAGGUACAUAAAUAAAUAGACUUGAAUUAAGCAGGACGACCAAACAUUAAACAAAAAACUUCCUUAUUUCAGUUUUCAGCAUCUGAAUCAACUGUUGUGACGGGAACAUCAAGAAGCAAUUGUUCGUUUUUAACUCGGACCUUCAAUUUUGGAUUCUUGGAAGGACAAAAUAAGAAUCUGAACUUUCAUAACUUUGAUUUUUUGUAUUAUUUCACACAUCAGAACUACAAUAAAUAUAAGAAAAGCAGACAUUGUGAACCUUUGUUUGAUCCAGCCCUAAACUUCUAAAUAAAAAGAAAUGUUUUGUUUUUGUUGUGUCACAUUUUAAAGUUUAAACGAGUUCAAUUACAUAUUUUCCUGUCAAUAAUCUAUAAUUAAAGUGCUGCCAAAUGUGCUUUGAUCAAUAUUCUGUCAGAUUAAACGCCAUCUCACAGGAACACAUUAAAACUUUACAUAACACUCAGCUAACGGGUCAGUGAGCAUUCCAGAUUAAAAACGACAGCGGGUUCAUUUAGAGGGGCUAAGAAUAAUCUGUGUGUGCGUGCGUCUAUAUGUGUGUGUGUGUGUGUGUGUGUGUGUGUGUGUGUGUGUGUGUGUGUGUGUGUGUGUGUGUGUAGGAGGGACAACAGCUGCAACUGUACACCCCUCUCCUCUGGCUCAGUUUUCGCCCCCGCGAGACCACAACAGCGGACACUGACUGUCCCACCACCACUUCCUCCCUCCUCCUCCUCCUCCUCCUCCUCCUCACUCCCCCCACUCUGGUCCCUGCUAGUCAGCUGUCGCUCUCUCACCGCCUCACAACUCUACUCCCAUCCCCAAAUCUGGGGCACGCAAUGCACAAGUUCAGCAGAGUUGCACAACUUUACAGCCCGAGAGUCUGCAGAUCUGCAGCUCGUACACAAAGAGCAGGUCACGUUUCGAUUCAGCGGUCAGAUGUGAUUUAUUGUCGGAGCUAAAUGAGGGGAUGCAUGUUAGGAACAUAUAAAAAAUGGAUUAUCAUUAAUGGAGGAGCUGAAAAGAUGAAUGUAGUGUGUGUUUCUAUGUGUGCAUGGAUGUUUCUGUGACCCCUCCGGAUCCUACUGUAGGCUAAUUUCCUGUUAACGCUCAUCUUUCAAUAAGCUAUCAGCUGUGGAGACUCUCAGCUCCACCUCGGCCCUCAGGAAUGCGCUCACGUUUCACUUUUUAUAAUCGUCAGCAACUAAAAGUCCAGAAUCCUCGCUCUGUGCGGCUUUCUGCGAGGGGUUCCCACAAGAAACACGAGACGCUCUCACACAUGCUAAAGCUAGCGAAACCAUAGGUCAUUUGUAGUAGCACAUAAACACCCCCACUUUUUGGAAAUGAGAGACUUCAUCUUAAAGCCACAAAGCGGAGCCAGAUUGGGCAGAGAGAUAAAUGCAAGAGUUAAAUCUAGGUCGAAUUAUUUGGGAUUUAACAUCUGGCUGCUUUACAGUGUGAUGCUUAUCGUACAAGAUAAGUCUCACACUCUCCACUUGUGCUAAUGCAUGCAAAGUGGAAAUUCACAGACAUCAAACGAUGUUACAUUAAACAUUAUUAACCCGGACUGAGUGAGGCGAAAGGGCCACAGCUUUACACACACGAACGAAAAACCUUCAGACAUAGAUCUCCGCAUGAGUCUAUGAUUAUAUUUCCUGUUUAGCACGAGGAAUUUAGGUUGAGUGAAGUAUAUAUAUGUUAGAUUUGGAGAGUGAAGAGGGUUUAAAACUAAAGAAACAACAAUAAAUAUGCUAAAAACAACAUUUUUUUUACUUUAAAGUCCUCAUGCAAAGUACACUUUCCAAACCGGUUGAGGUGUUAAUGACAGAAGAAACAGUAACGAGGUCAAAGUUUGAAACCGAAGCAGCAAUACAGACUAUCAUCAAUACUGAUAUCCAGGCUUCGGUCAAUCCUAGAGAGUGUUCAGGCUAAAUCUCAGUUCAGAUUGAAUAAUUUUCUGCUCCUGCCUCUCAAUUGAGUGACUUUCCAAUUUCAGUUUGAUAACCAACGUUGACAGCAACCAUGUGUUUAGAUGUUAAGAUCAGUUUUCACUUCUCUGUUUUUGAUGUCUAGAUCCAGUUUGUAGGGUGACCAUAUUCUGAAUCCCCAAAAAGAGGACACGACUACGCAGGGAGGGUCAAGUGUUUUUUACACGCGUCUAACUCAAUAAGUCCACGCAACAUAAACUCAAAACUCCAGACGUUCGAAGGAUUUAAAAACUCCCUCAGACCAGGCCGGACAGCCCACAGAAAAGAGGACAUGUCCGGGUAAAAGAGGAUGUGUGGUCACCCUACAUUUUGUCUACUACACUGGCAUUUCUGGUGGGUCUCAGUUUCCCAUUACACAGAGGUUUCACCCUGUGUGUUACCCUGAUCGAAUAAAAACACUGAUUUUAUUUUGGUUUUUCUUCUUUUUAAUAUGCGUUACCUGCGUUUCUGUUUUUUAAGAAGGAUGUCACGAAAGCCACUAAUUUUUUCGACGAAUUUCAACAUUUGGACAUUAAAAAAUCUGCAGAUUCAUGUCCAGGUAGUUAAUGUUAGUGUGGCUAACAUUAGAAGAGCUUGCAUGACCAUUCUUUGGUCCUCCUUUCAGGUUAAUGUCAAUGUCUUUCAGAUCAACAUUGCUCAGGUUAAAUGGUUUUAUACCAGUUCAACAAGACACAGUUUACACACAACUUUUUUAUUUUCUAGAUUAAAAAAAACAGCCAAACUCCACCACUACACAAGAAACCACCUAUGCUUGUUUACAUCAGGGUAGUUGAGCAUUAAAGCAUCUGCCUGCUUUUGCUCUCUACAUGAACCACUUUUCCCAGAUCCACCACAGUCUGCUGAUACGUGAACAAUCAACACUUAAUCCACAACUGCACUGCAAACGGUAACAAAACACUUCCCAUACUAAAAUAAGACUUUUCUACAGAUUCUAUCCUUUAUUUACAAAUACAGAUUCAUGGUAUCACACAUAAAUUCCCAUGAAAGGCAGUAUGAUCUGAGUUUUUGGCACACAGCAGCACUGAUACAAGCUGUAGAGCAGCGAUAGUAGAUCUGCAGAGAGUGUUUCCAGGCUGCCGAAAAAAAGAAAAACCGGCACAUGUUGAUGUGAUAAAAUGCACAGAGACAGGAAAAGUUUCUGAACACGGAGCAGAAGUUUGAAGAUGAAUCCCCUCACCGCUGAAUAUUUCAAUCUGACAGAACAGCAGCAACUUUUCAUUGUUCAGCCUGCAACAUGAAGCUCCCUGCAGACCACCCUCCUCUGAAGCUGUGAUUGAUGUCUUUGGGUGCUCCAACAGGUGAACCUAAUACACAAGAAUGUUUCCACGCUUUGAUCUUCGCUCUGCCUGCCGGUGUUUCGUGAAUCUGAGGAAUUCGGCUUGUAUUUGUUCAAAUGCAGUCUGACGUCGCUGCAGCUCCUCCAACAGACGAGCGGGAGAGCUGUGGGUGCUGUUGUUUCAGGGAACCGUCUGCUCUCUGACUCCUGCUGUGUGAUCUUCAUGGGUGGUGGAAUCAGACGCAGUGAAGGUUUGAUCCCGGUGCUGAGUGUGCAGUCAGGAUUGACUCCGGGGCUGAAACACUGAUGGAGUUUUUUUUCUCCUCUCGUCUACAAAUAGUGAAUUAAUUGACAGAAACUCUAAUUUUAUGCCGAUCAUGAGAAUAAAUCCGGAUACAGUUCCUGCAUAGACAACUGAUUACAGCCUGCUAAUGUCUGAUUUAUAAAUCAUCCAGUCCUUUUUUAAUUCAUGUGAGUGAUGUAUGAUCCUGAACUGACUUUGAGGUUCCUUUUUCAAAAGAUCAACUUUGAACGGAUAUCAAACAUGAAGUGAACAUGUUCAGAAAUAUUGGAAUAUUGUCAUUUUAUAGGUGACAGUUUUUUUACAAGCUUUUGGCAAGAGGCAUUGAUAAAAGUCACUCAUUCGUCGCGUUUCUGUUUAGUCCGAACCAAAAUGAUAGGUGUGAAACCUCCCCAGGACCUUGGUCCAGACCAAACAGUUGGAUCUUGGUCCAACCAAAAGAGGUGGUCUCAGUCCAGACCAAACUGAACCACAGUCUGGUUCAUGUCCAGUGUGAAAGCAUUUUAUUCGGGGCCAACUGGAAAAAACACACACACAAAAAAAAAAAAACUUUUCAACUGUUGUCUGAGGAUGAAAGAGAGAGGGUACGAGAGGACUGGAGAACAGAGUCACCCAAAGGUAAAGAAACUGUGGCAGCAGUACACUAAAGUGUGUGAUGCACUGUGAAAAAGCAGUGUCUGCAGUUGAAAAGGACAAGAUUUCCUUCCUCGACAACAUUUUGAGACUCCGCACCACCUCCUAACCCAAACCUGGCCUAGUGUCUGCGGAUGUGUCGUUUUCCACCGAAAUCAACUCAGAAAAUGGGGAGUAGUUUAUCUUGCUCACUAAGCUUGUACGACACAUGUAUUCAUCCUUGUAUAUUACUUCUAGUUUGUUGGGAACAACGAUUUAAUCCAUGUUUACAACAUUCAAGAUCCGUUGUUUUCAACGUGUUGAUGUCAGACGCCCACCAGUCAAAUGACCAAUCAUAAACUACAGAGACAUGCAAAGCACGUAGUUGAUGACGUUAUUACGUAGGUUUGUCAUGUAAAGUCUGUUAGUUUGUUUGCAGUAAUGACAGUUUGAAACCCAAACAGACCAAACUAAAUGUAAACAAAGUAACAAAAACUCAGACCUUGGUUCAGACUUUCCGGUGUGAUAACACAGUCUUUUAUUUUUACCAUCUACAGUGUAAACCCCAAAAUACUUUCACACUGUGCUUCUCAGUUGUUUUGGUAUCAUGAUUGUCGCAGCUUAGCUUCACCAUGCCCUCCAUUUUUUAAGAAUAUUAUCACUGUAUCAGUUUACUGAGGUCAAGAGUUCAUGGACUAGCAAGAUCACAAUUAGAUAUGAUUUCAGGUUGACUGAAAUUAAAUUAUGCAUAUGUCAUUAAUAAAACUUGGUGAGCAUCGCGUUAGAUAGUUUCAUAGCUGGAACAGUAAAUUUCAGUAGAAUAAUAAAACUUGUGUGUUGUAGUAAACAGGGUCACAGUGAUCAGCUGCUCGCCCUGAUAUGAUCUGAUCUUGUCUCCAAAUCUAGCAGCCUGUCCUUAAAGUGAGUUCAACAUAUCUAGUAGGGCUGCACGAUACAUAGCAAUAAAUAAAAGAUCAUUUAGAGGCCUUGGUAUAGUGUUCAGUGAGUUCAAACCAUUGGGAUACACAAAGAUUAAGCCUGAGUGAGCAACCUUCAG